AUGUCGGCAUCAACUUUUUCUCCCACAGAAAUUGAUUUAUUGAAAAAUGGUGGUAAUGCUAAAGCUGCAGAAAUAUGGCUCGCAAAAUACAAGUGGACAGAUUUUCCUGAGCCUGAUUCGGAGGAUGUUGAUUCUAUCAGGCGUUUCAUGCGUAUGAAAUACAUUCAAAAAAAAUGGUUAGAUGAAUCUCUGUUACCUGGGCAACCUUUAAAAAUAUCCACCAACGACAAUUUGGAUGGAAAAGAAACAUUCAUGAUUAAUUCUCCAGCUCUGAACUGCAAAUCUGGCAAUUUCACUGACAAUUCUUCGAAUGAUUCACUAAAUUGGAACUCUAACAUAGCAUCCAAUGACAAAAGAAAAUCUUCAAUGGGUGAUACGAAUACUUUUAAGACUGCACUGGAAAUUAAUUGGAAUAAUAAUAAUUCAAACGAAAAUAUAAUCUCUAACAUUCCGAUAUUGCCAAAACCGAAUGCAAGCAAUCUCACUAUUAAUUCACCCAAUCAAACAUCCAAUACUUUAUUUACGUCAAACUCAGGCCAGGAUCGUGAGUCUAAACCGAAAAAUGAGAUCGACGAUUUCUUCUAUUCAUUAAAUAACACAUCAACUCAAUUGAACGCAUCAACAAAACCCAUCUCAAGAAAUAAUACAUAUCCACUAUACAGUAAUGCGCCAACAUUAACAAGUCAACAAAUAGUUCAUCCACUUGAACAUAGAUUGUCGAUAGACGAACAGGCUGGUUCUCAGCCAAUCAAUCUUAUUCAACUUCAAGGUGCAAAUAAUCAGCAUCUUGUAACAUCGAAUUUACAGCCUUCAUUCAUCCAACAAAAGAUUGUCGAUCGCAGGCGCUCUACAACAUAUCCCGUCAAACCAAAUAAUUCAAGUAACCCUUAUUUUGCACACUCGGGCACUGAUCCGUCUUCACCCACACAGUUCACCUUUAACAGUGUAUGUGAUAAACAUAAUCCGUUAAUUGAUACUUACCAAGCAUUUCAAAAUUUAAGUUUGGUCGAUAUUGAAACUUUACCUG